AUGCCACGCUUGGGUCCUCACAGGGGCUUCAGCUAUGUGGACCUGGUGGAGGGGCUGAGGGACGGGCGCUUCUAUGCCCUGAAGCGCAUCCUGUGCCAUGACAAGGAAGACCGGCAGGCUGCCCUGCACGAGGUGGAGAUGCACGGCCUCUUUGACCACCCCAACAUCCUGCGUCUGGUAGCCCACUGCAUGGUGGAGAAGGGUGCCAAGCAUGAGGCUUGGCUCCUCCUGCCCUAUGUGAAGGGGGGGACCCUCUGGAGCGAGGUGCAAGCACUGCGAGAGAAAGGGACCUUCAUGCCAGAGCAGCGGAUCCUCCUCAUCCUCCAUGGAAUCUGCUCUGGGCUGCAAGCCAUCCACAGCAAGGGCUAUGCGCACAGGGACCUCAAGCCCACCAAUGUGCUGCUGGAUGAGGAUGAUCGGCCCAUACUGAUGGACCUUGGCUCUAUGAACAAAGCUCGCAUUGAAGUUAACAGCUCUCGGAAGGCCAUAGCUGUGCAGGACUGGGCUGCUCAGCGCUGCACCAUCUCCUACCGUGCCCCUGAGCUCUUUACGGUGCCAAGCCAGUGUGUCAUAGAUGAGCGCACGGAUAUCUGGUCCUUAGGCUGUGUGCUGUACUGCAUGAUGUUUGGGGAGGGCCCCUAUGAUGCCGUCUUCCAGAAGGGCGACAGCGUGGCUCUGGCAGUGCAGAACCCCAUCACUGUGCCCCCCACGACCAGAUAUUCAGCUGCCUUGCAGCACCUGCUCUCCUCCAUGAUGACGCUGAACCCCCAGGCACGACCCAGCAUAGAUGACAUCCUCCACCAGCUGGAGGGGCUGCAGCCAGCACCAGCGGGCCAGGACACAACACAGAUCUGA